GUAGGGCAAGAUGCAAAGCACAACUAUAGUUAAGUAAAAUAUGGAUCUUGGCCUGCUAGGGUAUUCUUCAAAUAGAGACCUCAAGUCAAUAGGUUCCGUACCUGAGGGUAAUUGACAUGUUAAAAAUAGUGGGAGAGUAUUUAAUAAAGACCUAUUAGAUACUUAAUUCAUGAUAAUAACUAUCUUCGCAAAAUUCUGUAUAUGGCAAACAACAACACAAACAACCUCGCCCUACGUUCCAUUCUAGAUAAAGAAAAAUCGAACGGAACAAACUUUGUUGACUGGCAACGCAAUCUCUCCAUUGUUCUCCGCAUAGAUGAGAAAGAGUAUGUGCUCGAAAAGCCCAUUCCUCCUACCCCUCCCGCUAAUGCCCCGAACGCGGUUAAAGAUGCCUACGAGAAGCACGUUAAGGAUGACAACCAGGUUAGCUGUGUCAUGCUGGCAACCAUGAUAACCGAGCUGCAAAAACAGCACGAGGACAUGAAGCCCCACGAGAUGAUCGUGGCCUUGCGGCAGCUAUACCAGGGGCAAUCCAGGCAUGAACAUUUUCUUGUGAGUAAGGCUCUCUUUAGUUGCAAGCUCUCUUCAGGAAACCCGAUUGGCCAGCACGUUCUCAAAAUGAUUGGUUACAUAACCAAUCUAGAGAAACUGGGGUUCUCCUUGCAGAAGGAGCUGGCAACGGACUUGAUCCUGCAGCCGCUCCCUGAGCUGUAUAAGGGUUUUGUCAUGAACUACAUGAUGCAUGAUCUUGAAAAACCAAUUCCGGAGCUUCUUAAAAUGCUCCAGACUGCAGAGGAGAACCUUACUAAGGGCAAGGGUGCUUCCGUCCUUAUGUCCUUUGAAAUGUUCAAAGAAUUCAGGAAUGAAGUUGAAAAACAACUUGGCAAAAGUGUUAAAACACUACGAUCCGAUCGAGGUGGAGAAUACUUAAGUGGUGAGUUCGAUGACUAUCUUAGAGAGCAUGGGAUUUUAUCCCAACUCACACCUCUUGGGACUCCACAACGGAAUGGCGUCUCUGAAAGGAGGAACCGAACCCUGCUUGACAUGGUUCAUUCUAUGAUGGGUCAUUCGACUCUACUAGAAUCAUUCUGGGGGUAUGCGCUGAGCACUGCAAUAUAUACUCUUAACCGAGUUCCAACCAAGGCGGUUGAAGGAACACCAUACCAGGAACACCAUACCAAGUCUGAUAAGUGUUUCUUCGUGGGAUACCCAAAGGAAACUCGAGGGUAUUCAUUCUAUCACCCUAUCGAUAAGAAGGUAUUCGUUGCUCGCAAUGGUGUCUUCCUCGAGAAGGAAUUUCUCUCCAACGCAACUAGUGGGAGAAAGAUAGAGCUCGAAGAAAUUCGAGACGACGAAGAAACUACCGCGCCGGUUCAGGAACAUGAGCUAGAGGAACAAACUGUUGUACCUCAAAAUGCUCAAGAUACACAAGAACCCCGUAGGUCUAACUGGUUACGCACACAACCUGAAAGGUAUGGAUUCCUCCUAACCUUUGAGGGUGACGUAAUGCUUAUCAACCAGGAUGAGCCGGAGACCUACCUCGAGGCAAUCAGUUGUCCUGAGGCUGAGGAAUGGCGUCAAGCCAUGUAGUCCGAAAUGGAUUCCAUGUACACCAACCAA